AUGGACAUCAAGCAACCUCCUCGCGAGGACGACGCCAUAUCACCUCACCAUACCGAUGGACUCCCAAAGAUACACAAGAAGAGACAGUCGACGAGCAACAACGAUGGCGAGUCUCCGCACAAAAGAGCAAAGUUCGAGUCUGAAGCAACCUCGCCGGCAGAACAGCAGCCAUCACGUAAAGGUCGAGCUUGUGUCGCAUGUCGGAAGCUCAAGGUCAAAUGUGAUGCUUGGGAGCGGGGCAUGACGGGUUGCUCGAGAUGUCAAAGGCUAGGUAUAGAGUGUAUCAACGCGAGGAGGCUUCGUAUUGCUGUAGAGGGUGAAGAAGGUGGCACGCAUCCAAUAAUACAGAAAAUCGAGAGAGCCCUCGAGGAAGUUCUACACAAGCUGCAAAUGCCGAAUUUGGAGUCAUAUGCAAACGAAGUUGCCAUUGAGCCACCAUUACCACCACCUCAGAAACCAUCUGUUCCUGAGUUUCAGACAAACCAAACGACUCGCGAAAACUCGAGAGAUCCAGUCGAGGAUGAGAAGGACUUGGCACCUGCUCCCAUGGGUAGUCUGUAUGAAGCUACUCAGCUCAAUAGCCUGAGAACUCGCCUUCGACGCGUCAAUCCAAGGAAACGCAAUGCUAAGCGCAGAAUGGAGGCAGAUAUGGUAUCGCAAAAUCUGCUCUCGAUAGCUGAUGCUGAAGAACUGCUUGAGUUGUUCAAACGAUCUCUUUCGCGUUACUUGUUCAAUACAGCAAUACCUGAAGACGUUACACUUCAGGCUGUCCGCGAGUCUUCGUCUGUCUUGUUUACCGCAAUUAUGCUUGUAAGUGCCUUGCACGUUCCGGGCAAAGAAGCUAUACACGCCAUCUGCCACAAGCAAUUUCUCGAACUUGUUUCUACUGUGAUGUUUGACCGAUUCCAUACACUUGACGAUAUUCGAGGACUAUGUAUCGCAGCAUUUUGGCAACCAGACUUGAGCUGGAAACUCUCUGGCUUAUGUAUUCGCAUGGCAACUGAGUUGAAUCUACACCAUGCAUUCUACAAGGCUUUCUAUGCCCCAGGACUUUCGGAAGGAGAAAGAAACAGACACAUCGAGAAGGCGCGAGUCUGGUACCUUCUCUAUGUGCUCGACCACCAUUUCAGUAUCGCAUAUGGACGACCUCCAGUGACUGCUGAACUACUGCCAAUCAAAGAGCAUAAUGUGUUCGUAAACAGUACAUCGACUACUCCUUCUGACCGCAGACUGAUCUCUCAGGUUGGCUUGUUCGUGGUAAUGAGCAAAGCUUACGAGAUUUUUGGUCUGGAGCCCGAUAGAAUGAUGGGUAGUGAUGAUGCGUCUCUGCUCACCCACAUGAAGUUUACGGACGACACGAGACACUGGCGAGAUCACUGGCGUAAUGCGCUAUCAAUCGACAAAUACAUCGGUGAUUAUCCUGCCAAAGGUGUCAUGCUCCAUCAUGGGUUCAGCGAGCUUGUGUUGAACUCAUUGGCUCUUCGUGGUCGACCUCUUGAGAACCUUGAAAAUCUACCCACCAGCCUACGACCACUUGCCUCUCGAGCCAUCGAUGCAGCACACUUCAUACUUCAAUUCACAAUGGAUGAGCCAGCUUAUCGAGAAGCACUUGUCGGCAUACCACUUUACCUACAUUCUAUGGUCGCUUUCGCUGCAGUCUUCCUAAUGAAGAUCGCGCACAAAUGGCAGGCGAUCGGUGUCAACAUUCACCCAGAAACACAAACCAAGCCUCUCAUAGAAGGCAUGAUCCAGACCCUCCGAGCCUGCCGAGCAGGCGCCAACCACAUGGUCUAUAGCAUGGCAAGUGGUUUCGAAAGACUUCUCAAACAAUGGGGCAAGAACGCGCCCAACGGAGUCUCACAUCGAUCACUCCUGCCUCGACCUGGCGCCCUGCGAACAGAUUCAGGCACUCUGCUUUCGCCGAGCAUUCAUUCAAGUCCAGAAUACAACCUUGGUCAACAUUUUGAUCCUACGCUUAGCGCUGAGUCUUACGAUGCACCGCCAACAGGCUUGUCGGGCUAUUCGUUUAGUGGUUGGGGUCAGGAUGAUAUGCUUUGGAGUAUAGGUGGAGGGUAUGACUUGCUGGCACCGAAUGGGUAUGACUCGACUGAAUAUUCGACUUCUUACCUGCCUCAUGGCCGUCAUGAUUCGAUGCAUCAUGCUCAAUGA